UUUUGAUGGCGAGACACUCUUGCAAGUUCGCUUUUCUAUUUUUAACAUUGUUUCUGGUCGUUCUUCUGGAAGACGGUUGCCUUGGCAAAGAGAAGAAACCAGAUCCGAAGAAUAAGAAGGAAAAGAGCAGUAAAAUAGGCAAGAAUGUGAUGGAUUACACGGAAGCAGAUCUGCACAAAUUACUCGACCAAUGGGAAGAAAAUGAUGAAGAUAUUGAGGAAGAAGAUCGGUAUGAUGACAAUGACCCCAGAAAGCCACCACCGCCAGGUGGAGGCUUUGAUCCUCAACAGUUCAAGAAUGACCCAAUGGCUCUUUUGAAAGCAUCUAAGAAGGGGAAAGUUAUCAUGAUGUUUGUGUCAGUGGCUGGGAAUCCAAGUAAAAAAGAAACAGAACAGAUAACUGCAAGGUGGCAGACAAGUCUUUUCAAUGCUCAAUUUCAGAUUGAAAGGUAUAUUGUUGCAGAUGACCGUGCUCUCUUCAUGCUCAAGGAUGGUAGCUUGGCUUGGGAUGUCAAAGAUUUUCUGAUUACUCAGCCAGAUUGUAAAUUAGUUGAAUUUGACAAUCAGCAGUUCCCAGGAGCUGGUGCAAAAAGUGAUCCAACAGCUAAAACUGAACUCUGAUGUGAUGCCAUUUCUCAUUAAUAAUGUUAAAGAAUUGUACAUUAUUUCCAGCUAGUAUUUUUAUUAAUAUGUUAACUCUGGAGUUAAAGAUUACUGUAAACUUGAAAUGAUGCUUCACGCUGUUUAACCUUCUACACACUAACAUUAGUAUCCAAAAUAUCCAUAGUCAUCUCUAUACAUUUCAUUGGAAGUUACUAAAACAAGGAAUGACCUAAAAUGAUCUAAAAUAUGGCCAUGAUUGAUUUCUAAAAUGACUUAAAAUGACCCAAAAUUACCUUGAGUGAUUUCUAAAAUGACCUAAAAUAACCUAAUAUCCAACCAGUCCAAUCCAGAUUUUGUCAGUGCUGCAAACUCAAGGUCAUUUUAGGUCAUUUUAGGUCAUUUUAGAAAUCACUCAAGGUCAUUUUAGGUUAUUUUGGGUCAUUUUAGAAAUCACUUAAGAUCAUUUUAGGUCUUUUUAGGUCAUUCCUUGUUUUAUAAACUACCACAUUUCAUUUGGUACUGACAACAAGUGUUUGUUUAACAAUCAGCUUCUUAUGUUGGCAAUCAUUUCAUAUAUUCUCAUGAUCUUUAUGAACAAUUUGGAAGUAAAACUAUAAGGAGAAAUUAGAUGCUGGUAACUCUUAGGUUUUAAGGGGUUAAACAUGGCAGGUAACCAGAGACAGAAGCAAGCAAAAGACAUUGAAAGGAGCCAGAAGGAUCUUGGCAACCUGCUAAAGUAUGCGAGAGAAAUCCACAUCAGACCUAUUACUGGAACAAAAUACAUUUUGUAGGAUGCAAGCAAAGCUCCUGAUUUAUGAAGAGACUUAGGUUGAUUAUGUAGAUUUAUAAAUUUCCUGAGACAUGCAAAAAUGUUUAAAGGAUGUGUCACAUAUUUUCUUAGCUUUAGGUUUUGAUUAGGUUUUUGUAAUCUAAAAAUCCUUACAAGGAACAAAUCACAGGGCUGUGCUCUAGCCAAGUGGGGUCACUCUGGCAAGUGGGAAACUGGUUCAUUUAUCUUUGCAUUUGUGAAAGCUUUGCAUCAGGUUUCUGUGACAAGAACUAUCAAAUACUAUGUGAUUCUUCUUAUAGCACAGCUUUCUUAACACGUGAAAAGUGAUGGUCUCUACAUUUGUAUCCAUUGUAGACUACAAGCAGUCCCUCCUUUUGGUGUAGUCUGUUGCACAAGUAAAAAAUAUCAGUGAAAAAAUUGUUAUUGCACCACAGGGAUUUGUAGGAGUGACGUUGAUACACUGUGGUGCACUGACAUCAAUUUUUUUUUUCAUUUAUUCUUUUUGACUCGCACGACAGACUGCCAAAAAGGAGGGACUGCUCAUGGCUGGUAUUCAUGGGAAUCUCCCACCAAAACUGAUUUUAUCUGGAGUACCUUUGUUUUAGUCAUACAAACAGUUGAACAUGGAUUGACAUUGGAAGUCCUAUGUGUUUCCUCAAAAGUUUGCUGGUUCAGAUGUAGAGAAGAUUUUUUCUCUGUAGAUUUACAUAAUUUUUGUUUUCAGCCCUUGCAAUGUAGUGCAAAAAGCACAGAACCAAAAGCUUUUUUCAUUCAGCUUGGACAUUGAUAAUACUUGAAGACUCUGAUCUCUCCUCACAAUAUUUGGUCAAUAUCAUUAUAGGUAAUCAAUUUUGAAGUAAAUCAAUUAUUCAUAUUGUACUCUUGGAAAACUUGGUUUUUUCACUUUUUUUCAAGCAUAAUGCAUAUUAAAUGACUACUAAUUUUGUGAA